GAUGUUUAAAAAAAUGCGUGAAAGACAUAAUCAGUAACUUUUGGGGUUUAAUUUGCAAUAUAUAAACAAGAAAUUGCUUUAAAAAUGGGUGUAACUAACUCCAAAAGCAAACUAGAAUUCUCUUCAGAACCUUGUUUUGAACAUUUUAAAGUUUUAAGAGCGAUAGGGAGGGGUUCCUUCGGUAAGGUCUGCAUUGUAAAAAAAAAAGAUACAAGAAAGUUAUAUGCUAUGAAGUAUAUGAAUAAGCAGCGUUGUAUCGAUGAGAAUGCUGUUCUAAAUGUUCUAAGAGAAAGGAAAAUCCUUGGAUUACUGUUUCACAACUUACUUGUUAACCUGUGGUUUGCUUUCCAAGAUCCUGAAGACUUGUACAUGGUAAUGGAUCUCAUGUUAGGUGGCGACUUGCGUUUUCAUCUGAAUAAAUAUGGAAAGUUUACUCCCUCGCGUGUAAGGGGCUACAUGGCAGAAAUAUCUUGCGCACUUGAAUACAUUCAUUCUUUAAGCAUUAUUCACCGCGACAUUAAACCAGACAAUCUACUAUUAGAUAAUAAAGGGCACGUACAUCUGGCCGACUUCAACGUUGCCACGUUUUUGCGGAAGGACAGCAGGCCCCAUAAGUCUUGUGCGGGGACGAAGUACUAUAUGGCGCCCGAAAUGUUGGCAGGGGAGGGCUACGGCCCGGGCGUGGACUGGUGGAGCCUCGGCGUGACCAUGUAUGAACUUUUGUCGGGAAGCAACCCGUACUACGAGCUUUCGCGUGCAGUCAAAGGAAAAGAAUCGGAACUUUCGUUAAUUGCAGUGGAACUCGUAUGGCCAGAAAAAUGUGACGAAAACACCGUCAGUUUCUUAAAAGGCUUGCUCGAAAGAGACCCUUCCAAUAGGCUGGGGACGCCUGCUUGUAUGGAGGAGCUGAGGGCUCACCAGUAUUUUAAGUGCCUUAAUGUCACGUGGAAGGAAAUAGAGAGUCUAAAGAUCCAGUGCGAGUUUGUGCCUUCGGAGAGCAAACUCCACUGCGAUGCUACCUACGAGUUGGAGGAGCUCCUGCUGGAAAAUAAUCCUCUUCAUAAGAAGAAACAAAGAUUAAAGAAAUACCAGCCAAUUGACGAACCCAACGUUAAAGUUGGGAGCAACGAGUCGAAACUGCUCGCCGUCCAGCACGGCUUCCGCCCUUUUAAUAGAGAAAAAUCAAAUUUGGAGGCGCACCGGACAUUUGGUUCUUCCACGGCUUUAUCUCAAGAAUUCCGUACAUACGCUUCCAAACCGCGGCGUCACAGCAGUCUUACUUCGUUGACGGUGGGGACAUGCCGUGUUGGAGGCGCCAGCACUUUGCAUUAUACCGAGCGGGAGAAGUUCCACGUCUUGAGCACUGGAAAGGAUAACAACGCCAGUGAGCUUCAGUCUUGGCCUCCCUCGGAAGUGAAGAGCGGGGUUGUGCUUGUUCUGGGCGACUGUAGCAGCAGGCUAAGGGAAAUUCUAGCAACUGGAAGCGUAUUUGUUGCUUUUCACUAUCACUUAUGCUCGAACGACCUUUUGGAAGAAGUACGCCCACGGACCCAUACUUUUACAUUAAAAAUGGCUUUUGAAACUAUUUGCUUUUACGUUAUAUUUUUGUUACUUUUUUAUACUUUUUCGAAUAUAUACAUCACUUAUAUACAGUGGUCGAUCUCUGAACGACGACAGAGCUUAAUUUUCACUCCUCUCCCCAUGAGAGGUUGGGCUCAGCUGGCGCCAAUAGUAGAGUGUGACCAAAAGACCGGUGAUAAACUACCCACCAGGAAAGCCCCUCGAACCCUACACUUGGGCCACACAUUGGCCGCGCACUUGCUAUUAGUCUGCCCUCCCGACUAUCAACUCCUCAUCUAA